AUGAGCCUUGGAUCACGAGCAACUCUUAAGAGUCUUAGGCUUUGGGUCCCUUCUUUCGGUUCCCAACCUCUUCAUCCCCACGGAUUGUCUCUGAAUCCACUUCGGUUUCAAGUCACUCCUUCCCGUCCGCCUCGUUUAGGACCCAACAAUCAACAACAACUCUUAUAUACAAAGCACGUCGCUCAUCGCCAUUCCCUCGUUUUCUUCGCCCGUCUCAUAUCAAUUCCCUUUACACAAGCCCAAUCCAAUAAAUCCGCCAAAAUGGGCAAAUUCCGGCCUAGCAACAUCCUAGGCGAUCCGUUCGCGCUCAUGACCGUCUCGAUUUCAAUUCUGGCAUGGCUUAUUGCUCUCAUCGCAUCUAUCAUCGCCGAUUUGAAAACCGAAUAUCCUAACUACUCAUGGUGGGCCAUCUCAUACAUGUUCUGUGUUAUUGUGGGCCUCGUCACGACCUUUGCCACGGACACAGGCCACGUUUAUGGCAUGGCGAUCGUCGGUUACCUCGCCUGUGGCCUCGUCCUAACAUCUACGAGCGCAAACAACCUGAUCUACGGAAACCAACCAUCCAUGCAAGCCGCUGGCGCAGGCUUCAUCCUGCUUUCCAUGAUGAUCAUCGUCUGGAUCUUCUACUUCGGCUCCACACCGCAGGCCACUCACCGCGGCUUCAUCGACUCCUUCGCCCUGAACAAGGAACAGCCCGCCGAGCCCUCCUACCGCGGUAGUCGCCCCAUGUCCAGCGCAUUCGGCGCCCGCCCAGAUACCAUGGCAACCAGCAAUACCCCGCAGAUGUACACCUCCGCCCAACUUGGCGGCUUCGAGACCUCGUCCCCUGUCUCCGGGUACCCUGGCGGUGCGCCCGGCGCCGAACGAACCUCCUCUGCGCCUCGAUUCGGUACCCCCAACCCUCAGACUCCCGGUAACGGCGAGCAAGAAGUGGGCGAAGUGCCUCAGCCAACAGACUACCCCUACCGCGCCAAGGCUAUCUACUCAUAUGACGCCAACCCGGAAGACGCCAACGAAAUCAGCUUCGCCAAGCACGAGAUCUUGGAAGUAUCUGAUGUGAGCGGCCGAUGGUGGCAGGCUCGGAAGCAAAAUGGAGAUACAGGCAUUGCGCCCUCGAACUAUUUGAUCCUUCUGUGA